GGGCGGAGUGGGAAGAAAACCCACCGAAAUGGAGGUAGCUACGGACCAGCCACGCUGGAUGGCCCAUCACGCCGUGCUGAAUGGGCAGCACCCGGAGAGUCAUCACCCGGGACUGGCUCACAACUAUAUGGAACCGGCACAGCUCCUACCUCCGGACGAAGUGGACGUCUUUUUUAACCAUCUGGACUCCCAGGGCAACCCGUACUACGCCAACUCCGCCCACGCCAGAGCCAGAGUUUCCUACAGCCAGGCACACGCCCGUCUGACCGGCGGCCAAAUGUGCCGGCCUCACUUGCUCCACAGCCCCGGCCUGCCUUGGCUGGACAGCGGCAAAGCGGCGCUCUCGGCGGCUCACCAUCACAACCCGUGGACGGUGAACCCUUUCACCAAGGGGCCCUUGCACCCUUCGGCGGCCGGCGCGCCGCCCGGCGCCAUCUCGGUUUACCCGGGAGGCAGCAGCUCCGCGUCGAGCGCCGCCUCGGCCUCCUCGCUCACGCCGGCCUCGCACUCGGGCUCCCAUCUCUUCGGCUUCCCGCCGACGCCGCCCAAGGAAGUCUCGCCGGACCCCAACGCGGGCAGCAGCGCCGCCUCGCCGGCCUCCGCCUCGGCCGGCGGCGGCGGCGGCGGCAGGCAAGAUGACAAGGAGCCCCUCAAAUACCAGGUGGCCCUGGCCGACGGCAUGAAGAUGGAGAGCGCCAGCCCGCUGCGCAGCAGCCUGGCCGCUUCCAUGGGCGCGCAGCCGUCCACGCACCACCCGAUCCCCACCUACCCUUCCUAUGUGCCCGCCGCCCACGACUACGGCGGCAGCCUCUUCCACCCGGGCAGUUUCCUCGGGGGCCCCGCUUCUAGCUUCACCCCAAAGCAGAGGAGCAAAGCCAGGUCCUGCUCAGAAAGAAAUCCGGUUUCUUCGUGUUUCCAUUUAGAAGGCAGAGAGUGUGUCAACUGUGGAGCUACUGCUACCCCUCUCUGGAGAAGAGACGGUACCGGGCAUUACCUGUGUAACGCCUGCGGGCUGUACCACAAAAUGAACGGUCAAAAUCGACCUCUCAUUAAACCUAAGCGGAGACUGUCAGCUGCUAGGAGAGCAGGAACCUGUUGUGCUAACUGCCAAACCACCACCACCACUUUAUGGCGACGUAAUGCCAAUGGGGAUCCAGUUUGUAAUGCCUGUGGACUGUAUUACAAAUUGCACAAUGUGAACAGACCGCUGACCAUGAAGAAGGAAGGGAUUCAGACCAGAAAUAGGAAAAUGUCCAACAAAUCCAAGAAGAGCAAGAAAGGCUCUGAAUGUUUUGAGGAACUGUCUAAAUGCAUGCAGGAGAAGUCCUCGCCUUUCAGUGCUGCUGCCCUGGCUAGUCACAUGGCACCAAUGGGCCACUUGCCACCUUUCAGCCACUCUGGACAUAUCCUCCCAACUCCUACCCCCAUUCACCCAUCUUCCAGCAUCUCAUUUGGGCAUCCACAUCCAUCCAGCAUGGUCACAGCUAUGGGAUAGAGUUUAAUGACUCUCACGAACUUCCAGAACUGGGCUUGGCCUAAGAGGACAGGAAGGAAAGACUUUGCCCAGGAAAGAGACUAUAAGGAAGGAAGGAAGGAAAGUAAAAGGGGAUUUUGUUCCAGUAGAAUUCAACUCCUAGUGCUAAAUGGAAACUUUGCAAUGAUGGGUCUUCGGCAGAAAUGCUAAAUGGUGCCUGUUAUGCACUUUGCUCCCUCAGGUAAAAGGAGAAAGAGGAACUCAUCUGUUUGAUACGAUACCGGCUCGUCCCAGUGGAAAGGAAAGGUGGCCAAAGUAGUGAAAGAAACUAGAGCCAGCUUUCCUUUCCCUUUGUUCAUUACUGUGAAUAUUGUAAAGCGAUUAACCAUCUCCUGAAGCAGAGGAAGUUCAGUAGUAGCCACACUUGCUGGAUUUCUACCAUGGAUUGUGUUUUGUGGGGAGGAAAAAUGGACAACUUUAUUAAAAAAAAUCUACUUUUUAAGGAACCAGUCACAUUAAAAAAAUAAUUAUUUAUUUUGCUCUUGUGCUCCAGAAAGAGCUUCAAAACUCUUGCAUGAAUUUAUGGAUCUUUUAUUUUUAUUUUGUUUAAAGAAACAUGCAACCUAGUAGGAAACAGUUUUUCUAAUUAUUAUUAUUUUUUAUUGCUUAAUGGCCACAUUUUUGUUUCUCUUCAUUGCUGUUACAUUUUUUU